AGUUAGUGCAGUAGUGAGUAGACUAGUUUGCAUUAAGUGUUGCUUAAAAGUAUCUAGAGUGUCGGUUGAAAACAAUAGAGCAAUUUAAGUAUUCAUUCUAGUGCCGAUUUAUUUUCAGCUUUAAAUUCAUCAGUUUGCAGUUUGUUUUUGUCAGAUUUUGAAUUGUUGAUAUGGCAGAAGGAGGUGAAAACCUAACAGGUGUUGAUCAAGAAGCGGGAGCGAAACCAAAGAAGGGGCGUGGCCGAGGAUUGUCAAAAACAAAUACAUCUUUGGUAGACCCAGGUAUAAAGCAACCCGGAUAUAAGGUAAUAAGUAACCAAGAAUAUGACGAUCUUAUGGCAUUGAAGGCUAGCACUCCUAUCAUAGGAAAUGCUGGACCAUUCAAUUUCCCUGGUUCGAAUGCAUCAUUACUGCAAAGUAAUUUUGAUGUAACACCUAAAUUACCUAUAUUCAGUGGUAGUCUUGAACCAAACAAGAGUGAAAUUAGCUACGAUGUUUGGAGUUUUGAAGUGAAAUGUUUACAGAAUUCGCAUGCUAUUCCUGAGGCUUUAUUGCUUCAGACUAUCAGAAAUUCUUUAAGGGGUGAAGCAAGGUCAAUGUUGGUAUCCCUUGGGGAAUCAACUACGGUAGAUAAGGUCUUAGCUAAACUUGAAGGUUUUUACGGCUUGGUCAGUAGCAGUGAAACUUUAAUGCAGGGCUUUUAUAAUGAUUGUCAAAAGGACACAGAGUCUAUUGUUCAAUAUGGUUCAAGAUUAGAGUCAACGUUGUGUAAAGCUAUCAAACAAGGUCAUAUCAGUGAUGCUGCAAAAGAAUCUAUCUUGUGUAGUAAAUUUUGGACAGGUCUUAAAAGCAAACCUUUGAGAAGUGCAACUAGGUAUCUUUUUGAUUCUGUGAAAGAUUUUCAGAGUUUACUUAAAGAAAUCAGAAAGAUUGAACAGGAGGAACUAUGCAGCAGUAAGGCCAGCGAAAAGUCGACAGCUCAUCAGAACCUUGGUACAGCAAGAGUAGAGAAAGAGUCUACAACUAACGAGGAGUUACUCAAGACACUACAAAGUAUUGAAAAAAAGUUAGAGAAAGUAGAACUAAUGCAUAAUCAAAGUAAUGAAUUAUCUCCUCCAAACACUCAGUUUUAUGGCAGAGGACGAGCAUUUCGGAGGGGGCAUUCGUACAACAGAGGAAACAACAGAGGUAGGUAUUUCAAGAAACCAUUUGAAGACAAAAUCAGGAGUGACCCAAAAGAGUAGUCUCUUCC